AUGAAGAGGCAGAAUUCUUCAAGAAACUCAUACAGAAACUCACAUAGAGGCUCGUAUAGAAAAAACUCAUAUAAAAGUCGAAAUGUUACUAAUUCAACGAGCGAUAGGAUUAUUUUAAAUGUUGGUGGAAUUAUACAUGAAACCACUCGUUCAACCUUGACUUCUUAUCCACAGACAAUGCUUGGCAGAAUGUUCGAUCCUGCAAACACUGCAAUGCUUAAACCAACAUAUCCUAAUGGUAACGAAUAUUUUAUUGAUCGUAAUGGUCAUGUUUUUUAUUAUAUCAUGGAAUUCUAUCGUAAUGGUGAUGUCCUUUUGGACGAAAGAACCUUUAAAAUUACAUUACCAUACCAUGAUGAAACUCUCAUAUCAGGACAAAUUUUACGAAGGGAAUUCGAUUACUUUCAAAUUCCCAUUUUGGAAAAUAAAAUUGAGCUUGCUGAGCGACGUGGGGCUGCUUUAGUAGACGAAUUUGCUGAUUUAUUGGAAGAAGAAAUUGUGCAAUCCAUAAGCAAAAUCAUCAACAGAAUCGCAAUUCUCUUUUGUGAAAAUGGAAGUGAUUCAUAUCAGAAGGGAGAGUUUAUUAGAAAUUUCCACAAGUCAGGGUAUGCAAUCUUAAAACACUUUGCCAACAGAAUAAAAGCGCGGAUUGAGAUUCAAUUUCCAUCGAUUGGUUGGCAGAUUGUAGAAUAUAACAAUGAUCCAUCAAUGAGAUUAAUUUUGACUAAUUUUAUCAAUAUUGAGAAUGUCAUGGACCUUAUUAAGUCUGGACAAAAUACGCCAGAAAACAAUGAAGAGAAUGAGUGA